AUGACACCACCAAAGGUCCCCUCAACUGCUACCGCAGACUACCGUAUUGUACAUCCAAUAAAGGCAGCCAUGGCGUUGGGCUACGGGCCGCAGAGUGAUAGGCAGCUGUGCAGGACUCGCACCAAGAACGAGGAGGCAUUUGAUCCUGGCACUGGCACCUCACAGGCGCUCUGUUCCGGUGUUCUCGGGGCUAAACUUGGAUGCCGGAGAGCCGCAGAAGUAGAAAUGGCAUCUCCUGCAGCAACAAGAGGGCGGCUGGCUGCCUGUAAAGCAAAGCGAUGGAAGCAAAGAGCCUUCAAUGACACUCGCCAGUGCCCGGCCCUUGUCCCACGGCCAAACAAGAGCUGGUUGGUGCUUUCUGGUAGCGUGGCUUACGGUCCCCCUCCCUCCUCCGGCACACUCCCCGAUGGCUUUGGUCGAAGCUCAUCCUGGUCGUCCGUACGGAGCAGAUACGAAGAGGAGAUGGAGGUUGACGGAGGCAGAAGGGUUCAGCAAGGAUCCGGCAAGGUUGGCCACGCGCCCAGCCCGCUAACUCUCGCCGUCGUACUCGCAAUUCAGAGCCCAGCCCUAGCUCCAGCGCCAGCACGGCCCACCCCCCCCAAAGCACAAAUCGUCCGCCACGACGACGACGAGUCACAGGCCUUCGCCUCCGCCUGUGCCCCUGCCUCUCCAGGUGUCAGCCAGACCAGACUCGUGCAAAACAAACCGCCUCUUUCACGCCGUUCAGGCUCAGCGUCUCCCGACCUCUCCGCCGGCCAACCUACCCGCCGCAUUCACAAGCCCCCCUUUGCCCAGCGCAACCCCAAACCUGCCUCCUGCCUAGGCAGAUUACGUCAGCACGCGCAUUCCAGCGCCCCACUUGACGCUUCCCUCGCUCCAGUCCAGUGCCUUGAUUGUUCUGUGCCGUCGCUGCAAAGCGCAUUACCUCAUCACCAACUUCAGCCUCUCGCUCGCAGCGCAUUUUUGCCUCGCGUCGCAUUUGUCGCGUCGCAUUGCUGGCUUUGGCGCAGUCGCACCGCAGCAGCCGCGGGCAUGUCCAUGUUUCGGUUCUGGAGCUGUGAUCCUCGGGGAAGUGACAAGACCGUCAAUGGGUCGCCAGCCAUCGCCUUCAGCAGGCCGCCAAACCGAACCUCGUCAGUCGCAUGUGAUCCGGCGUCGCAGGCAGUGCCUCUGGACUUGUCGCCGCGCAAGCGAUCGCAUCGUGACGUCGACAACGACGACGAAGACGACGACGCCAUGGGUUCUGUUGUACCGGCUAAACGCCCCAGGGCCGGCUCCGAGGCGCUGGCUGAGGAACCAUCCUUCCCAAAGCCUCGAGGCCCAACCUCUUCGAUGGCUGCCGAGUCCAGUGCCGUCGACAGCGCUAGAGACCUGAUCCAAGCUGAAUUUUGCCAGGAAAUUUUGCUCAAGCACAAGGAGCUAAGAUUGAUCAACCAAGAGCUAGCCAAGUGUCAGAUUGCGCUUGAGCAACUGCGCCGAUGCCAUCUCAUCCCGUAUCCUGUGAAUUGUCCCACCCCGCAACAAAUGUUAGACGUCAGCGACGGAAAGGGUCCUGCAGUAGUGGCCAAAGCCGGCGAUGCUGUCCCUCGCUGGGCGCCUCCUUUUGGCGUUGUCGACGGUCCUUACUCUCGGCACUAUGCCAAGUGGCUCAUUCCCGAUCCAGCCUUUGAUGGCAUACAGCCAGAGAUGUCGCAUCUCCCUGCCCGUGGUCCCGUCUUGGAAGGAAGGACAACUCGCAACAGUAAUGGUGAAGUUGGAUAUGGAUUCGUCAAGGGGCGCCGUGGCAACGGCAGCCAUAAGUUUGAGUCUCUGUCAAGCGGCUACCCCCCACCCAAAGACAAGGUAGGCCCAUGUGUCCUGACUCGGGCAGACGGCCAGACAGUCAAGCUUGUGUGCUUGGACUGCCACAGGGAUAACUUCUCAAGCACCCAAGGCUUCAUCAACCAUUGCCGUAUUGCACACAAGCGUGAUUUCAAGAGCCAUGAGGAGGCCGCCGUUCAUUGCGGCCAGCCAUAUGAACCUUCCGAGGGGGGUAACAUCCCCAAGGACAACAAGGCAUCGGCUCCCUCUUCGUCCUCUACCACCACCACAGCCACGUCAUGUUUCGUGCAUGCCUUUGCGCGUCCAGACAUGGUAGAGCAAGACAUCUUCAAGUCGCUUCGGAUGAGAAUUUCCGACUCGCUCAAGCUUUACAACCAGGGCAAGCUGUCGGUUGUUAAGUUUCCUCGCAACAUCAAUGCUGUUGCCUACCCUGGCAAGGCGUCGGCAUCGUCAUCAGCAUCUAGCUUUGGCCCGUCCUCUGAAGCACCUCAUUUGUCCCGCCUCUUGAAGGCUCGCAACUUCCAAGGCAAUCUCCAUGAUGUCGUUGCCGAUGCAAAGUCCAAGGUGUUACUGGAGGAUCUUGCUGGGGAGGAGUCGGAAGCUGAUGGCUCAGUGUCCCCCAUGCAGGACUCACCGCCCACUCGAGCGUCGGUUGUUAUGCGCAUGCCCGCCAGGACUGCAAAGACUCCUGUUUCCGUGGGCACCUCAGCACGGCCGACAAGCAGCAAAGGCCGUGCUGCACACAUGGCUCUUGCCUCGCCAUCAGAUUCUGACAUGGCCAUGAUGGCCAACAAGCACCGCUCAGAUGCGGUUCUGUCCGACGAGGAUGUGGAUAUGGAGGACGCCGAUAUGAGCCCCAACACGCUUGUUAGCAACAAUGCGCCUUCUCUGGUUAGUGACGACGGAGAGUAUGAUGACUCUGACGAAGGCUCUUCCGUUUCUGGAGCAAGUGACCAGCUGGAGGCGGAAUCCGUCUCGGAUGUUGCCGAAAUCUCGCUAGAUUUUGAAUCUGACUCUCGAGGUCUUCGCCGAGAAUCAGCAGCCAUGGCAGGACCUGUGCGGCUUCGCAAAGAAGAAGCCAAGCAGGUUACAUUUAUUGGACCUGUCAGAAGCAGUGCCAAGGAGAGAAGGCAACGAAAGGCCUAA